AUGAAGAUUAUAGUUAGCACAAAAGUAUUAAUUUAUUGCGCUCUGUUUGGAGUUGCACUAGUGGUAGCGGGGGUAAUUCUCGGUUACAGAAUUUUCCCAAUGAUCGUAAGCAAAAAAGUUUGGGAGAAUGCUGUACUGAAGGAAGAUACUCAGCAGUGGAAACUUUUUACAAAAAUUCCGUUUCCAUUUCAAGUGAAAAUUCAUUUUUUUGAUGUACAAAAUUCAAAUGAAAUAUUACAAGGUGCUAAACCAAUUGUUAAAGAAGUUGGACCUUACGUUUACAAAUUGAAUAGAUGGAAAGAUGACAUUGAGUGGAAUGCAGACGAAAUAUCAUAUUAUGAUUGUAUGAAAUUUGAAUUUGAUAAAGAAGCGUCGGGUAGACUAUCAGAUGAAGAUUAUGUUACAAUUUUAAAUUCACCUUUUAACGCUCUCAUUUUGGCUGUCGAAGAAUUGUCAGCUUCAGCCUUAGAAACAGUUAACGACGCACUUCCAGAUGUUUUUAAUAAAUACAACAGUCUUUUUGUAAAGGCAACAGUGAAAGAGUUACUGUUUGAAGGAAGCAUAUUCUGCGAAAACGGAGGUGAAGAUGAUUUUGCAACUAAAAUGAUUUGCCAACAGUUUAAAGCUAAAGCAAAAGUAGCGAAAGGAAUGACUGUUAUUGGUAAAGCUAUAAACUAUUCUUAUCUGAAUUUCAAAAAUAAUUCACAUCUUGGGCGGCUUACUAUUAAAAGUGGUUUAAAGAAUCAGGAAGAAACAUCCAAUUUAGUUCGAUUUGACAACAGAACGCGUGUUUCUGUAUGGGUUAAUGAAAGUUCUGCUUGUAAUGAAAUUAAAAGUACCACAACAUUUCGUCCGUAUUUAACACCUGAGAUGACAUUUGACGUGUUUUCAGAGGAUAUUUGCAGACGUUUAAAAAUGGCGUAUCAGAAAAUUGAGACUGUAAAAGAAAUACAAGGUUACAAAUAUGUUGUAACUAAUGAUUCAUUUAAUGCACCACAAGAAAAUCAAGAAAAUUAUUGUUUUUGUGUGAAUAGAAGCAGAACAUUGCAUGGUGAUUUUGGAUGUUUAAAAGAUGGACUAUUAGAUUUGACAACUUGUGUAGGUGCUCCAGUUUUGUUAUCAUUCCCUCAUUUACUGUAUGGUGCUAAGGAAUACAUGGAUACUGUGGAGGGCUUGGAUCCUAAUCCAGAACUGCAUGAAACAUUCGUCAUACUUGAACCGAUCUCUGGAGCUCCCUUAAAACUUGCAAAAAGAGUCCAAUUCAAUAUGUUCAUUAGGGCAGUACCAGAUAUUAUUAGCAUUGAAAAUGUCACCAACUCUGUGGUACCAAUCUUUUGGAUAGAGGAGUCAAUGAUUCUUGAUGACCGUUAUAUUGCUAUAAUAAAAGAUACUCUGUUGAAAAAUUUAAAAAUUUUGGAUAUGAUUAAGUGGGGAAUAAUCGGACUUGGAGGCGUUGCUCUUGUAGCUCCAACAGCUUUGAUGAUUUACAAAAAUUAAAUUAGGUCAAUGUUUAGGAAAUGAAGUUUCUGUGUGUACAAGAUUUAUUAAUGUGUAAUUGUAAUAUAGGUUAUUAUCUAUGAAAUGACAAACAGAUGUUUAUGUAUUAACUAUAAUGUAUUUUGUAUGUUCAAGUGAUUUAUUUAUAUGCACCUCAAAUGAAGUCAAUUGUAUUCAUAAUACGUUUUAUAUCAUCUAAUCUAAUGGAUGAGUUCAUACCUAGUACAGGAGUUUGUACACUUCACAAGGAACAUAUACUUGCUUGGUACAUGCUUAAUUUAAUGUUACUUAAAUUUUGUAUGGUAGUAGAACUAAUUUGUAAAUAGAUCUUUACUUGCUUUCACUACCUCUUGUGUUUGGUACACUUGUAUCUGAGUUCUCAACCAUUAUCUUUUUUCAAAGUUUACUAUAUGUAAUAUGAAGAUAUAACAAAGUAUGUUUGUUUUGUCAAAGAAAGCACCUUUUAAUAGUUGUUCAGGUUAUUACAGAGUUAUGAACCACCGUACAUGUUAACUAAGAAACAUUAUAUCCAAAAGUCCUUAUUCAUAAUUAAUUAAGAUCUUAUGUAUAGAUAAUUUAUUUAAUAUAUUUUUCAAGUUGUUAAAUGAAAUAAUGUAAUAAAUAACAUUCUAAUUGUAA